AUGCCGAGCAAGAACGUGGCGGAGUCUUCACCAUCUUCACCACCCUUCCUGGUGGUGGCGGGUGCGGGAUAUGGUGCGGUGAACGGCCGCUACGCGCAAGAGGGGGUCUGUGAAGGAAGGCCCAAGUUUAAAAAGCUGAAUGGUGAGUUCACCGUGAUUUUCAAGUGGGGCCAGUGGAAGUUGGGCUGCGAAGACGACUCCAACGUUUGGAUCUACGAGGGUCCGACCAGCCGCAGUCCGGUGGGCGCCUCCGGCUGGGCCUGCGCCGCGAAUUCCAAGUACCAUCCGGCGCCCACGUUGUCCUUUGGCACCUGCCGUGAUCUCCAAGAAGGGGAUGUGGUCACCAUCAUCAAGCUCAAUGAGGAGGUCGACUGGUCCGGAUGUCCCGAAGCCAUUCACGGAAGGAGGCUCAGUCUGACCAGUACACCCUGGACGGUGACCAUCCACCGGCUUCGAAGACUACGAGGGAACUGGUUUUACCCCACGGAGUCUCCUGAGAAGGUCGCACCUUUGGCAGCUUUGGGCUUGGUGAACUUGAUGGGAAAGCCCCAUCGCAUCACUGAGGUUAAGGAGGAUUCAGCUGCAUGUGGAUCAGGAGAAGGUGACUCCUUAAAGCCCUUCCUUGUGGUCGCUGGAGCUGGCUACGAGGUUCUCAAUGGCCGCUACGUGCCGGAGGGAACCUUCUCGGGGAAGGCAAAGUACAAGCAGGUGGAUGGCAAUUCGAUCAUCUUCUUCAUGGCCGGCAAGUGGAGAUUGAACGACGAGGAGGUCACCGACGAGCGCUGCUACGACGCCGCCGAGUCCGCGGGACACGGCGUGGGACACGGCGACACGCCGCCGCUGGGCGCGUGGGUUCAAAUCAAUAACCGCUACGGUCCAGCGCCCAUGCUGUCGCUGGGCACCUACCGCGACCUCCAGGAAGGUGACUCCGUGGUGCUCGACAAGAACUCCCGCUCGAUGGAUUGGUCUCAAUGCCCUGAAACCAACGAAGGCAACCAUUUAAGUUUCAAGCCGCCCUUGCCGGUGAAAAUCCAUCGACUCCUGGGCAGUUGGUUCUAUCCCCUGGAGUUUCCAACCUUGGUGGCGCCGCUCUCAGCCUUGGGAGCGGUGAAGUUCCGAGGGCAGGCGUAUCGGGUCUCCGAAGUGCACGAGAACUGCGCAUCGAUCUUGGGAUCCAUCUUGGGAGAGGACACGGCUCCGAUCCCGUUUCUGGUGGUCCGGGGAGCUGGCCAUGCACCCGUGAAUGGCCGAUAUGCAUAUGUCGCGGUGGAAGCAGACAGACCGAAGUACAAACAAGUUGGCGGCAACUCGAUCAUCUACUUUUCCUCGGGCGUGUGGAGAUUGAAUGAUGAGGAGAACAUGCAGCAGAGGAAGUACGAUGGUGCACAGAACGAUACGCCAACACCACCCAACCAGUGGGUGCAAGUUGACCCCAACUACGGUGCAGCACCUAAACUUUCAGAGGGAACUUGGCGAGAUAUCCAUGAGGGUGACAUCGUGACGAUCGAGAAGCGCCAUGAGGAUUUCGAUUGGUCUGGAUGCCCUGUGAACGACGCAGGAAGGUUGCGCUUUUCGCCCUCCUCCUGGACGAUCACCGUCCAGAGGGUGCAGGGCGACUGGUUUUAUCCGGCGGAGUUUGAGACGCUCAUCGCACCCUUGGCAGCCUUGGGCACUGUGAACUUGAUGGGCAAGGCGCAUCGCAUUUCAGAUCUCUGCUCAGGCUCAAAGGUUCGCCGUCAAAAGACGGAUGUCUCAAAAGCCAAGAUCAUGGGUGGAUAUGAUGAGGAAUGGUGUGAAUCAGAUGUGCAAAAAUUCAAGUGUGCCAUUUGCUUGCUGGUCGCCCGGACUGCAAUGGUACAUGAGUGCGGCAGUGACCUGUUCUGCGAAGGUUGCUGGGAGAAGUGCAUGGCCAAAGACAGCAAGUGCCCCGUCUGUCGGGAAGAUGGUGCUAGCAUCGUGCCGGCACACUUUGCAAGGAGAUGCAUCGGCAAUCUCAUGAUCAAGUGUCCCAAUGGCUGCGGUCAGACCUUUCAUUUGUACGACAAGGAGAACCACCUGCAGGACAUGUGUUCGUGGCAGAAGGGUGUCGUGCACGACGAAACGGGCCCAGCAGAUGAGGAGAACAAGGAGAUUUGCUCCGCCUGUAGUAUCAGCUGA